AUGAAACAUGUUCUUUCUACUCUGUGUCUGCUGGGAUCUCUUUUACAUGCCUCAACUCGAUGCACUGCCCCGGCCUCAGAGUUUCAUCUUCAAGGAGAUUAUUUGAUUGGUGGACUUUUUGAUAUCCACCAUGCCAGUAGCCCUCCUCAUCACACCAGACCAGAAGCCAUCGACUGCUCCAGUCAACCCAUUCUCCUCCCAAAUUAUCGGAGGUUCCAGCUGAUGAGAUUCGCCGUAGAGCAAAUCAAUAACUCCACCAACCUACUGCCCGAUGUGUCUCUCGGCUAUGAGAUGUUUGACCAAUGCUCAGAUAUACAGAACUUCCCAGGCAUUUUAAAGCUCGCCUCAGCCAGUGGGUUUGUUCAUCCUUGGGGUGAACCACACCAACAACAAGCACAAAAGUCCAACGAGUCCACGGUGAUAGCAGUGAUUGGUACGUUUACAAGCAGACGUUCUCUGACUGCAGCCCCACUCUUCAUGGUCAAUCUCAUUCCAAUGGUCAGUUAUGGAGCCUCUAGUUCUGCAUUUUCAGCAAAAAUGAAAUACCCCUCUUUCCUGCGGACAGUGCACCCCAAUAAAGACAUCAUAGAAGUGAUUGUUAACAUGGUGCUAUACUUCAACUGGCGCUGGGUUGCUUUCCUUAACAGUGACAAUGAUUAUGGAAUUGAUGGACUGGCAAUGUUUCUAAAAAGGAUCGAGGAUACUAAUAUCUGCCUGGCAUACCACAAAGAUUUAAAUGACAACACAAAUUACUCCCUAAUGUUCAAACAGAUAGAAGCACAGGAUGUACACGUCAUUAUUGUUUUUUCUUCACAACUGCCCGCUGAAUCUCUCAUUGAAGCAGCAAUACAACUGAAUAUCACAAACAAAGUGUGGAUAGCAGAUGAAGGAUGGUCUUUAAACAAAAAGCUUGCAAAGCUGGAAGGAAUCAAAAACAUUGGAACUAUCCUUGGGAUGUGUCAGUCAGCGGAAUCAAUACCUGGUUUCACUGAUUUUAUUUAUUCUACCAAAAGCCAGCUUCUCUGUGGAGAUGAAGGAAGGCAGGAGUUCUGCAAUCAGAAUUGCAACUGCAGUAGCCUGAGUGCUGAGGAUAUUCUUACUGUGGAUCCGUCGUUCUCUUUUCCUGUUUAUGCUGCCACAUAUGCCAUCGCUCAUGCCUUGCACAAUGCCUUACAAUGCGGAGGCGGCAGAUGUAAUAAAAAUAUUACAGUGUACCCACAUAAGGUUCUAGAAGAGCUGAAGAAAUCAAAUUUCACACUUUUAAAUCAGCACAUUCAGUUCGAUGAGAACGGUGACCCCAAGUUCGGAGGCUAUGAUGUAGUUUUCUGGAAUGACAGCGGUGAUGCGCAGAAGAUCGGCUUUCAUCAGUUUUACCCAUCGGUUCAUUUCUCCAUCGACAGCACCAAAAUCAAGUGGUACACAAAUGGAGAAGUGCCUACUUCAGUGUGUUCCCAGGAAUGUCAUGCAGGAUAUGCAAAAAAGCAACUUCAAGGCGAAAAAUGUUGCUUCACUUGUCGAAUCUGUCCAAAUGGAACUUACAUCAACCGCACAGAGGAUCCCUACGACUGCAUCGACUGCAAGGACACAGAAUGGUCUGCAGAGGGAAGUACAUCCUGCAAUCUGCGACUGGUGGAGUUCAUACCGUUUACAGACAGCGGGGCCAUACUGAUCAUGCUCGGUGCCGGGGCCUUGGUGGGCCUCACGUUAGUUGUGUCUGUUCUCUUUGCCAUCAACUACAACACACCUGUUGUCAGAUCUGCUGGAGGACCGAUGUGCUUCCUGAUCUUAGGCUGCCUCAGUCUGUGCAGCAUCAGUGUUUUCUUUUACUUUGGGAAGCCGUCAGUUCCUUCUUGUGUCUUAAGGUUCUUACCGUGUCUUUUGUUCUACACUGUUUGUCUGGCGUGUUUUGUUGUGCGCUCUUUUCAGAUUGUUUGCAUUAAAGACCUGCCGAAAAACUACAACGAGGCCAAAGCCAUAACCUUCUGCCUCCUGCUGCUGAUCCUCACAUGGAUCAUCUUUGCCACUGAAUACAUGCUCUAUCGUGGCAAGUACAUCCACACAUUCAACGCCCUGGCUGUGCUCUCCAGUCUCUACUGCUUUCUGUUGUGGUAUUUCCUCCCGAAAUGCUACAUCAUUAUUCUUCAGCCCCAUAAAAAUACGCCGCAGUACUUCCAAGGUCUCAUUCAGAAUUACACCAAAACUAUCAGUCAGUAG